GAUUGUCUUUGACUUGUAUUCUGCCAGACAAAAAUAUGGGAAGUACCAGUUCAUUUCUUUAGGAAAUUUUGACAGCAUUGGCAUUAAUUUUUAUUUUUAUUGGCACAAAUUCAGAGCCACUUCAAUCCGAAGUAUCUGUUGACUUACAGUUUUUGUUCUGGCUUUUAGAAAUGCUAAAAUCAUGGAGACAUGUUGCUUGCUUCUAAAUAAGCAAAGGAGUAACUACUAAGGGACCACCAAUGAGUGCAAUGAUGAACUUCAUACCGCCAAAUGUUAACAAAUUUGUUGCCUGGGACUAUGUUGUUUUUGCAGCACUUUUUGUCAUUUCUUCUUCUAUAGGAAUCUUUUUUGCAAUUAAAGAGAGGAAAAAGGCAAGUUCCAGGGACUUUUUGGUAGGUGGCAAAGAGAUGACUUGUGGACCAGUAGCCCUGUCUCUCACAGCUAGUUUCAUGUCAGCCGUGACCGUGUUGGGAACCCCAGCUGAGGUAUAUCGCUAUGGGGCAGCCUUCAUCAUAUUCUUCAUUGCAUAUACAUUUGUCAUCAUUUUUACUUCAGAACUUUUCCUACCUGUAUUCUACAGAUCUGGGAUCACAAGCACUUAUGAGUAUUUGGAGUUAAGGUUUAAGAAGCCUGUUCGUGUUGCUGCUACACUGAUUUACAUUGUGCAAACGAUCCUUUACACUGGAGUGGUAGUAUAUGCACCAGCUUUAGCUCUCAAUCAAGUGACUGGAUUUGAUCUUUGGGGCUCCGUUUUUGCAACAGGGAUUGUUUGUACAUUCUACUGUACCCUGGGAGGAUUAAAAGCUGUGGUCUGGACUGAUGCUUUUCAACUGGUUAUCAUGCUGCUUGGAUUCUUAACAGUUUUGAUUCAAGGAACUCUUCAGAAUGGAGGGCCUAAAAACAUCUGGGAGAUUGCUAAGAAUGGAUCACGCCUCACUAUAUUUGACUUUGAUAUUGAUCCCCUGAGAAGACACACAUUUUGGACAAUUGCCAUAGGAGGGACAUUUACCUGGUUAGGCAUCUAUGGAGUUAAUCAGUCCACGAUACAAAGAUGCAUUUCCUGCAAAUCAGAAAAGCAAGCCAAACUGGCUCUGUAUCUUAAUUUAGUAGGGUUGUGGGCCAUCCUGGUAUGUGCAGUCUUUUCUGGUUUGGUGAUGUUUUCCCAUUUUAAGACCUGUGAUCCUUGGACUGCUGGUUUUAUUUCAGCACCUGAUCAGCUAAUGCCGUAUUUUGUUAUGACCAUCUUUUCCUCAUCCCCUGGACUUCCAGGAUUAUUUGUUGCAUGUGCAUUCAGUGGAACACUCAGCACAGUGGCGGCAAGCAUAAAUGCUCUGGCAACUGUCACAUUUGAAGAUUUUGUAAAGAACUGGUUACCAAAUCUCUCUGAAAGAAUGAGCACUUGGAUCAGCAAAGGUUUAUGUGUAGUAUUUGGUACAGUAUGUACAUCAAUGGCUGCAGCAGCAUCGCUUAUGGGUGGCGUUGUGCAGGCUUCACUUAGCAUUCAUGGAAUGUGUGGGGGACCUAUGUUGGGAUUAUUUACACUGGGAAUUGUUUUUCCUUGCACCAAUUGGAAGGGCGCCCUUGCAGGUCUCCUGACUGGAAUCACUUUGGCAUUUUGGGUUGGCAUUGGAGCUUUUGUUUACCCAGCUCCAUCAUCAAAGGCCCUUCCAUUGUAUCUCUCAACAUCUGAGUGUGCUGUUAAUAAUACUGGGAUGGUAGCUACAGUGACUCCUACAUUACCACCUUUCAGGCCUCAACUGGCAGAUUCCUGGUAUUCUUUGUCAUACCUUUACUACAGCGCUGUUGGGUGUCUUGGGUGCAUCAUUACAGGGCUGCUGAUAAGUUUUGUAACAGGGCCCAAUAAAGGAGAAGAUAUUAAGGCCUUAUUAAUUCGUCCAGUCUGUAACAUAUUUUGCUUCUGGUCCCAUAAAUGCAAAACAUUAUGCUGGUGUGGAGUGGAUCAUGAUAAAAAAACACUUCAUGACGGAUCAACCAAAGAUUUCCACAAAGAUGAUGAAAAGAAGGCAGAAGGAGAUGAUGUAGUCAAGAAUGGACUGGAUAAAGACAUACAGAAUCAUAUUCUCGGCUAUAAUCCAGAUGAAAAAUCAUACUUUAACACAAGCAUGGAGACAGAAUCUUACUUUUAGCUAUCCCACACAGAAAAAAGGCAUCCAGCUAACCCAGGAAACUGCAUUAUCUUUGCCCACCUUUAAAAAAAAGUUUUGCACCAUGGCACCAAAGUGAAGGACAGCAGCAGCAGAAGGCCACUGAAUGGGCAUGAAGCAGCUCCACAUGCCUCGGGCCUCCUCAGUGAACUUCUCCUUUAAUAAUUGAGGUGUGCAGCCAUGUAGAGUCCUGCUUACUGUCAUAUAACAACAACAACAACAACAACAACAACAAUGUUUAACAAUAAUAAUAUUUGAUACCACCCUUCAGGACAACUUAACACCCACUCAGUAUGUUAUUAUCCCCACAACAAUCACCCUGUGAGUGGGUAGGGCUGAGAGAGUUCCUAGAAGCUGUGACUGAUCCAAGGUCACCCAGCUGGCUUCAAGUGGAGGCCCCGGUUCUCAAGAUUAGAGUCCCGUUGCUCUUAACCACGACACCAAACUGGCUCUCAUCAUCAUGCAGUUCUCCCCUCAGCAGGCAGGCUGAGGGGGCAAGGGGGUCAUCGACUGGUAGGUGGGUCAACUGAUGCUGGGAUCAGUGCUGUAUGCAGUGCCAUGGCUCUGUAAACUGUAAACCAAUAAAGUUGUGACCCUUUAAAUUCCCACAA